AUGAAAAAGAUGAUGAAACAUCAAGAGUUAACCAGCAAGAACCAUGAAGCUUCAAUGCGAAAUCUAGAGAGGCAAAUUGGCCAAUUGUCAAAGCAAACAGUGGCUGAAAGAGCACCUAAUGUACUGCCAAGUGACACCAUUCCCAACCCCAAGGAAGAAUGUAAAGCAAUUCAACUAAGCAGUGGAAGAACCUUGGAGAAUGGCAAAGAAACUAAUAAGAGGCCAACUGAGAAUGGUGAGGCCAGCAGCAAGAAAGAAGUGACACUUAAUGAAAAGAACCAAGAAAAGCCUAAGGAGAAAGAACAAGAGAAGCUCAAGGAGAAAAAAGAACAACCACAAGCUUCAAAGAAAGGAAAGCAAAUCAUGGAGGAACAAUCACAAGAACAGAGGAAGGAAGUGAAGCCUUACACACCUCUUCUGCCAUAUCCUCAAAGAUUUCAGAAGGAGACCAAGGAUCAACAAUUUUCCAAGUUUCUAGAAGUCUUCAAGAAAUUGGAAAUCAAUAUUCCACUUGCUAAAGCAUUAGAGCAAAUGCCCUUGCUAUCCAUUGAAGAGGUGAAACCCACAAGAAUGUCCUUGCAACUAGCCGAUAGGUCACUUAUCCUACCCACUGGAGUUGUAGAGAACUUGUUGGUAAAAGUUGGAGAAUUCAUCUUCCCUACUGACUUGGUCAUUUUAGACAAGGAAGAAGAAGGACACAACUCAAUCAUCUUGGGGAGGCCCUUUCUAGCUACAGCAAGGGCUAUAAUUGAUGCAGAGAAAGGUGAAAUGACACUCAGAGUGCAUGAUGAAAAGAUGAUCAUCAAUGUCUUUAAAGCCAUGCAAUACCCCCAUGAGAAAGAAAAGCAUAUGAGAGUGGAAAUGGUGGAAGAAGUAGAGAGGGGGUUACUUGAGGCCAGCAACCAGGAGGAACAAGAAGAGAAAACAGAAGUGGAACAAGAUUUCACAGAAGAGGAAGUAGUAGAAAUCUCCUCUGAAGGCAAGACAGAGGAGAAGCCAAAACAAGAGUUAAAUCCGCUUCCCCGUCAUCUCAACCUUGGGUUGGAUGAUUGA